AUGCGGUCUCUUCUUUCACUCUGUUUGCUCUUUCUGGCUGCCGCUGUGCACGCUGUGAGCGUUACCGGCGGUCGGUUGCUGGCGAUCCUGGAUGAUGUUGCUGAGAAGGAGGGCUACUCCAAGUUCCUGGGAGACCUGGAAAGCCGGGGAUUCAGCAUCACAUACGAGACGCCCAAGAGCGACUCUUUGCAGCUGUUCAAGCUCGGGGAGCGGGUGUACGACCAUGUUCUGCUCUUUCCCUCCAAGAGCAAGGGUCUCGGUCCUAACCUGACCCCCAACAUCCUCCUCCAGUUCAUCAACGCCAAGGGCAACAUCCUGCUGUCUCUCUCCUCCACCGCUACCGUCCCUACCUCCAUCGUGAGUCUCCUGGCCGAGCUCGACAUCGCCCUCCCCGCAGACCGCACCGGUCUCGUCGUCGACCACUUCAACUACGACACCGUCAGCGCCGUCGAGAAGCACGACGUCCUCGCCAUCCCCGCCCCCAAGUCGUCGCGCGCCGGCGUCAAGAACUUCUUCUACGAAGACGGCCAGGUCAUUGCCUUCCCCAGCGGAGUCGGCCAUAUCCUCGGCUCUGGCCAGCUCCUCACCCCGAUUCUGCGCGCCCCCAAGACGGCUUACAGCUACAACCCCAAGGAGCAGGCCGAGGUUGUCGAUGCCAACGACCUCUUUGCCGCCGGCGAGCAGCUCGGGCUCGUAUCUGCGUUCCAGGCGCGCAACAGCGCCCGCUUCACCCUUGUUGGUUCCGCCGAGUUGCUGAGCGACAAGUGGUUCGAUGCGAAGAUCAAGCCGACGGCUACGGGCAAGGAGGUUACAGCGUGGAACCGCGAGUUCGCCAAGAGAGUUGCGGGCUGGACUUUCCAUGAGAUUGGUGUCCUGAGGGUCAACAACAUUGAGCACCACCUCAACGAGGCUGCCAACGAGACCAACCCCGAGAUCUACCGUGUUAAGAACGAUGUCACUUACUCCAUUUCCCUCUCCGAGUACUCAUGGGAUAAGUGGACCCCUUUCACCGUACCCAACGACGACGCCCUCCAACUCGAGUUCAGCAUGCUCUCCCCCUUCCACCGUCUUCCGCUCGCGCCCAAGGCCAGCACUGCCGAUGCGUCGACUUACACCACUUCUUUCAUGCUCCCCGACCAGCACGGUAUCUUCAACUUCAAGAUCAACUACAAGCGCCCCUUCCUCACAAACGUUGAGGAGAAGAACACCGUUUCCGUUCGUCACAUGGCCCACGACGAGUGGCCCCGCUCGUACGUUAUCUCAGGCGCCUGGCCUUGGUUGACGGGCAUCUUCGCCACCAUCACCGGCUUCGUUCUCUUUUCGGCCGUGUGGAUGUACAGCGCGCCCACGACCGCCGCGACUGCGACCAAGAAGACGCAGUAA